UUUUUGUACUUUUUUUCAAAUAUUUUUCCAAAACUUCUAGAAAGUUUUAAAAUUUUUUCAUCGUAGGUCGUGUCAAGGUCGGGUCGUCCCCUUUCAGAAAAGAUUCAUUUCAUCCAUUUCUACUUUGCCACGAUGACAAUCAUCAAACUUGAACGUCGAGACGUUAGAUUGCUUCUUCUUUAUGAAUUUCGUCUUGGUCAUUCAGCAAUGGAAGCGGAACGAAACAUAUGCGGUGCGAUGGGUGAGGGAGCACUCUCUUAUAAUACAGCAAAGAGUUGGUUUCAAAAGUUCAAGAACGGCGACUUCAGUCUCGAAGAAAUAGAACGUUCUGGGCGACCGGUAGAGUUAAAUGAAGAAGACCUAGUGAAGCUGGUGGAGGAAGAGCCUCGUCUUAGUCUUCGUGAAAUGGAAGAGAAGCUUGAGUGUUGUCAUAGCACAAUUGCACGUCACUUGGGUCGCCUUGGUUUUACUUCAAAACUUGGAAUUUGGGUGCCUCAUGAACUUUCGGCAUCACAGAAGCUCACUCGGGUCAACGUUUGUACUCAACUUCUAACUUUUCGUCGAAAGUUCGAUUGGCUGAACAAUCUGGUUACUGGAGAUGAGAAGUGGGUGCUCUAUGUUAACCAUUCCAGAAAACGUUAAUGGCUUCCGAUCGGUGAGAAAGGAAUACCGACGCCAAAGCCUGAUCUUCACCCAAAAAAGAUUAUGAUCUGUGUCUGGUGGGGUGUUCAAGGACCCGUGCACUGGGAAUUGUUGCCAACUAAUAAAACUAUCACUGCUGAUUACUAUUGUGCCCAAUUGGACCGAGUUGCAGAAAAGACCAACGGAAAAUAUGAAAAACUAUAUUUUCUUCACGAUAAUGCUAGGCCUCAUGUCGCCAAGAAGACUUUCCAAAAGCUGCAAGAUCUUGGUUGGACUGUUUUACCGCAUCCACCAUAUUCUCCAGAUCUUGCACCAACCGACUACCAUUUGUUCUUGUCUCUCAGUGACUACAUGCGCGACAAGCAAUUCGACGACGAAGAGCAUCUCAAAACUGAACUCUCCACUUUCUUCUCAUCGCGUUCGCCGGAUUUCUUCUCCCGUGGCAUCAUGAUGUUACCUAGUAAAUGGCAACAAGUGGUGGACACUAAUGGUGAAUACUUGUGUGAAUAGUACUACUUGUCGCUUGAGAGAAAUAAAUUUUUUUCAAAAAAAAAAUAG